AUGGCUACACCGUGCAUUCUGAAGCCACCGGCCGCUCGGCGGCGUGUCAAUGUCCUCCUCUAUGUCACCGACAAAAUUGGCCCGGAAAUCCUGCCCUACCUCCUCCAAAAUCCCGACCUUAAUCUUCGAGUCGUCUCCGAGAGUUCCAGAGAAGAAUAUCAGCAGCACAUGGAUCCUCCCAUCAGUCUCGACGGCAUUCAGUGGUAUGAGAACAGUCCGCAGGAUCCAUACAGGAAUCAAGUCAAGAUGUUGGGUCACCGCCUCGCACGAUGGGCCGACCUAUUGUGCAUCGUUAUGGACGCUGGCAUGGUGUCGCUUAUGUUGAGUGGCUUCACAGUCGAUGUUAUCCUCCAUGUUUUGAGGUGUUGGGACGUAUCCAAGCGCAUCACCAUGUUACCCGAGUUGAGCAUUGAUCAAUGGAACCAUCCCAUAUGGAAGAGGCAAUUGUCCAAGAUUCAUCGCAAAUGGGACUGGAUUCAUGUUCUCACCCCUGCCAUAUGGGACUUUGCUGAAGAUCCCUCCAACCUUACACAACCGGGCGCCAAUCCUCAAGGUAUUGCCGCCCUGCCCGAAAUCGACUGGCGAUGGGAGGGGCCUGAAGAGAUCCUCGAAGCCAUCCAUAGUGAGGCACAAACCAUCCUUCGCUCUAACCGCCCUAAGACCCCAUACAAUCCCAUGCCACAUCUAUCUCCCUCCACAUCCGACGAAUUAUCCAAACCCAGCCUACCGGUCGAAGUCUGGACCAUCAUUCUCGACCACUUGGGUGACUGGGAAUUGGCAACCGCAUUAGGCAUUUACACCCACCUACCUACUCCACACGAAUGGACAUCGCUUAUCCCCAAGUCUGGCUCAUCGCGCCGCUCUCUCGAAUACACCAUCUUGACCCAGUCUACCUCCCAGGUCAAAGCCUAUUUUACAAACAAUACCACUUCACACCCCCCAACCACACUCUCCCAAACCGCUACGAAACUGAUCUUUCGCUUCAGCUUGACGGACCUCUUAACUUAUCUUGCCCUUCACCAAAAGGACAUCUUCUGGACCAGUUUUGGCCUUGCCCUCCUCCCUCACAAAGCCUCUCUGAUCUAUAACUCACCAACUAUACUCCAAUGGUGGCGUGACUGCCCUGCAGUCAUCAAGAAGGAAUAUGGCCCCGAAGCCAUGGAUGGCGCUUCACGUGCCGGCUUCGUGGAGGUCUUAGAUUGGUGGCUCAACUCUGGUCUGAAACUGACCUACACGGAGAAGGCCCUCGAAUCCGCCAGUGCCAAAGGGCAUGUCGAAGUUCUGGAGUGGUGGCGUGUGAACUCCCUGAAACUCGCCGGUGCCGUUGGGCGCGAGCUCCCUCUGAAAGUGGGCAAAUCCAUCCUUCUCGCCGCACAGUCCGGCCGCACCAACAGCAUCGAAUGGUGGGAGAACUCGGGCAUCCCAUAUGCACACGAAGAUGGAGUCUCGCGACUCGCCUCACAGCACGGCCACGUCCCGGUCCUGGAACUCUGGCACAGCUUCAAGGGCAGCAAGAUGAUCUUCGAUAAUCAGGUUCUCGUCGGGGCCACCAAGAACGGCCACGCGGGUGUCUUGCAGUGGUGGAAGGACGUCAGUCGCAAGAGCGGCCUGAGAGUCGAAUAUAAGACCUGCGACAUCGAAGAAGCCAUGGAAGAUGCAGUUGGAGGAGGUGGCGAGAGCGAGGUCAGGGAAUGGUGGAGUCGCAACGGCUUGAAUCUCGGCGUCGGCACGGGCGAGUGGAUGAGAGUCAAGACUUUGUGA